AGGUCGUCCUUACCUGAUCUUCUAUAGAGCAGGUGUAGAUGCCCAAUCCAUAUUAAAGUUCUCUCAACUUCUCGACAAGGUCUCUGCAUGUUGGACCUGUAUCCCCGCGAACGCCUUCAAGCUAUGGGAUACAAUUUCACCCGCAAUUUAUUUUAUAACAAAUCUUCAAUGGGUAUGCCCUAUAAUACUUCAAAAUCAUAGCCAACCUACAUAACAGAUGAUAAGGUAUAUAAAUACUGUUUCAUAAUCAACAACAAUUAAACGUCUCGUUACUCUAAAGAUGAUCGCGAUAUUUCUACCAGCCACGCUAAUAUUGAUAGCGUACUCCGCGUAUCUAUUCACAAGGAGAAAGUUCACAUAUUGGAAGAAGAGAAACAUCCCCCAUCUACCACCAACAACAAUCUUUGGGAAUUACUCAAAGUAUAUGCUGUUUAAACAGAAUAUGGGAGAAAAUACUCUCGAACUAUGUCGAAAGUUCCCGGAUGCCCCUGUUAUCGGGUCCUAUUAUGGAACAGAACCUGCUCUCAUCGUCCAAGACCCGGAGCUCAUCAAACUAGUCACCACAAAGGAUUUUUUCUACUUCAGUGGCCGAGAAGUCUCAAGCUACAGUCACAAGGAGAUGUUUACACGAAAUCUGUUCUUCACUUUUGGGGAUAGAUGGAAGGCGCUCCGCCAAAAUUUGUCCCCAAUCUUUUCUUCCUCUAAAAUGAAGAAUAUGUUCCCUUUGAUCAAGAAAUGUUCGUUCGUGUUUGAGGAUAUGUUGGACCAAGAGGUUGGGAAGUCAAACGUCCUCGAUGUGAGAACGAUAUUAGCCCGGUACACGAUGGAUUGCAUCUGUUCCUGCGCUUUCGGCGUCGAAACGAAAACCAUGGAGAAAACGGAAAAUAACGUUUUCAAGCGAAUGGGCGAUCUUGUUGUCAAUUUCACAUUAUUCCCAGCUAUAAAAAACAUCAUCAGAACAACGUGGCCAUCGAUUUUUUACGGGUUAGGAUUAAGAACAUUGUCGAGAGAGGUCGACGUUUUCUUUAACAAAAUGCUGACGCAAAUUUUUGAAGAUCGGAACUACCAGCCGACAACCCGGAACGACUUCAUUGAUUAUAUGUUGAAACUAAAACAAAAUAAUUUAGUCGGUGUUGGAUUAAAAGGCUCAAAAUCAGAAGCAGCACCAAUAGUAUCUUUAGAAAUCGACUCAGAAUUCUUAAUAUCACAAUGUGCCUUAUUCUUCGGGGCUGGCUUCGAAACAUCAUCCACGUCUUUAAUGUGGACAUUAUUCGAACUGGCAAAAAACCCUGAAAAGCAGGCAAAAGCGAUCGAAGAAGUGGAUAAAUACUUGCAGAAACAUGGAAACACGUUGGAUCACGAGUGUAUUGCCGAAACAUCGUACUUAGAAGCUUGUGUAGACGAAGCUCUUCGUUUAUACCCAGUUUUGGGUGUGUUAACUCGUGAGGCGACAGAAAACUACGUGUUACCCACAGGUUUGAAGAUUGAGAAGGGUAUGCGUGUCCAUCUGCCGCUGUACAAGCUUCAUUACAACCCUGACUACUUCCCAGACCCCCUGGAGUACCGCCCAGAGAGGUUUUAUGGUGAUGAGAAGAGAAACAUCAAGCCGUAUACAUAUAUGCCAUUUGGAGAAGGCCCCAGAGUUUGUAUCGGAAUGAGAUUCGCAAGGAUGCAGAUGGCAGCUGGUCUUAUAACGAUUUUCAAGAAGUAUCGGGUGGAGCUAGCACCCAAUAUGAAAAGAGAUUUAAAGUUCCAACCGAAAUCACCAGUAACUUCACCGACUGAGGAGGUCAAACUAAAGUUUGUCGAAAGGGAUGAAUGGGAAACCAGAAUUUUUGUGAAGUAAAUAAAAAAUAAACAUGAUGAUGGUGUGUCGAAUAUAACAGAAUGGGACGUCUCGCUUAAUCGGACCCUCUACAUUAUUAAAGAUAUUCAGUUUAUUAAUUAAGAUUUUUAUUUUUUCAAAAUGAAUCUAAAAGAAACUAGAAAAAUUCAAGCUUCCUAAAAUUUUUGAAAUGAACCCACGGGUACAUAAAAUCUGGAUAAAAACGAACUGUGUGAUAAACCGGGUUAUAAACUAUCUGUGUACUAAGUUUCAUCUAAAUCCGACAAGUUAUUGUUGCGUGAAAGAGGGACAAACAUCCAUACAUUAAUAUAUUCGCGUUAUAAAUAAUAUUCAGCUAGGACCACUAGACCAAUCUAAAUGUCAACCAAUAUACCAAAAAUGUUGUUGUGUUGUGUAUUUUAGCUUGAAUUGUCGCAUGG